AUGUGCUGCUUCGUCGGUAGUAUCUGGCCCAAUUCGUCAGAUUUUGAAACAAAUUCGCAAUCUUCAUACCAUCCUUCCUCGGUCGAUCGAAAAUUUCCAGCAAAGGCUCGCAACUCCUUUGCUCCAUCUGUUCUGUAUAAAUUGUUUGACCUCGGCCAUCCUAUAGUACUGAUAAUGGCCGGCAGCGGUGGCAACUCGUCAUCGAACCCUAGCAUAGCGCCCAAAAUAUUGCUCGCUAAGCCGGGGCUCGUCACCUCCGGCAAAUUCAACCGCGGCGGCGGCGGCAGCGGCGCAGCCGAGGAGGACCCGGCAACGAUACGUUCGCGGCUUCCACCUCUUGGGUCUCUCAAUCUCCUUUCGGACUCGUGGGAUUUCCAACCCGAUCGAUUUUUGCCGUUUUUAACUGAUAACACUGAUUUCAUCGUGGUGGGAGUAAUUGGUCCACCAGGGAUUGGAAAGUCGACGGUUUUGAACGAAAUCUAUGGUUUCGAUUCUUCUUCACCUGGCACGUUGCCUCCUUUUGGUGUACAAUCAGAUGAAACAAGAGCAAUGGCUCGGCAUUUAACUGUAGGAAUUGAGCCCCGGGUUUCAUCCGAGAGGAUCGUACUUCUUGAUACUCAGCCUGUGUUUAGUCCUUCAGUUUUAGCCGAGAUGGUUAGGCCCGACGGGUCAUCUACUGUAUCCGUUAUAAGUGGUGAACCCUUGUCUGCAGAGCUAGCUCAUGAGAUGAUGAGUAUCCAGCUUGGUGUCUUGCUUGCAUCCAUUUGCCACAUAAUUAUCGUGGUUUCAGAGGGAGUUCACGAUGCUUCCAUGUGGCAGUUGAUGUUAACGGUCGAUUUAUUAAAACACGCUAUACCUGAUCCAUCCUCUGCAACACUCUCUCAUUUACAAAUAUCAACUAUUAAUUCCGACAGAGAAAAUAUCACCAACAAACCUCUCGAUAUUGGAGAUGAAUAUAUUGCUACGCCCAUUUUUGUUCAUAUGAGUGUUCGUGACUGCGACAAUACACCGAGCAAUUUUCAGAAAAUGAAGAAGGCACUUGCACGGUGUUUUAGCACUUCUUCAUUUGUGAGAUCAAAAGGCCAAAAUGCAUUAAAGGACAAGGAUUCGGAUAUAGACUUGAAACUGUUUCUUGUUCCAUUCAAGGGCAAAGAUGGCGACUCGAGGGCAAUGUAUGAGAGCUAUUUCUCUGUUCUCUGGAAGCUAAGGGAUCAGGUUCUUUCUAUGAACACCCCUUCUUUCUCAAGAACUGUUUCCGAACGCGACUGGUUGAAGAAUUCUGCCAAGAUAUGGGAACUCAUCAAACAUUCUCCGGUUAUUGCCGACUAUUGUAAAACGCUUCAAAGUUCUGGAUUGUAUAGGAAGUAG